GCUUAGACGCGUUGGGUAGGGUACUCCGACUCCGUUGAUGACGCCACUCUGUGCCUUGCUUACAGACAGACAGACAGACAGACAGACAGACAGGUUCCUGCUAUGCGUGCGUGCGUGCGUACGUGCCAUUUUGGUCGUUUGUGGCUGCUGCUGACGUUGUUGACGCUGCUGUCGCUGCUGCUGUCGCUGUUGCUGUUGAAACGCCUUGCCAUGCUACGCCUUCCUAUGCUACGCCAUAAAACCGAACCGAACCGAAUUAAACCGAGGAAUUUACAUGAGCAUUAAGUAAGGUGCGCGGAGAGGGGGUUUAGCUGAUGCUGAAGGACUCGCCGCAGCCGCAGGAUUCGGCUUU